CGUAGUCAUCCUCUGCGUUCGCUAGAUGGCGCGGGAAUGCCCGCAAUGAUGCGUUUCUCGAGUCGCUUCAUUCGGUAGUCGGUAGAGAGCGUUCCGUAUUGUGCGCCAUGUUUGUCGCGUCCGCGCUUGCCGACAAAGUAAAUUUGUCAGUUGUCACAAUCUACGGGAAUAUUAGCUCGAUAGUUCCAAAAAACCGAACAUUUAUAUACACAUAACAUAUAUCUGACAAGUGGCUCACGCUUUCGCCUCGUCGUCCUCCUCGAUCCAAGAUCGCGGCGUCGCGGCGUUCGUUUGUAUCUCGUAUCGAGAGCGUCUCGUAUAUGUCGGAUCGAAAAGUAGCGGGCGUCGAGUCGGAGUCGUCGGAGAAACGCGGGGACACGCGGGGACUCGACGUGGAGCACGGUGUGCGUGAGCGUGUGCGGCCGACAGUAGCGACAAAGAAAAAGCAGAAUCGGCCGCGCUCGAUUCUUUCGCUCGCGCGAUACGGCUUUUCGUAGCUGAGCUUCCCAAGCCGGGGGAAUCGCCGCGCCGCGCGCGGGGACCCAUACGUUCCUACGGUGAUUCGAGUAAUCGCGUCCGCGUAUUUUCGCGAAUUCCGUGAUUUUCCGUGCCGCUGGCACGCGCGUGCGGAAUUCGUGCGGCACAGCGCGACAUAACCUAAUCUCCCGGUGAUCGGCGACUCGCGCGCGCGCGCGCUCGUGCGUGUGUGUGUGUGUGGCGUGUGGCGUGUGCGCGCGUAUAUACAUAUAUAUAUAAAACCCUUUGCAUUCCCCGUCGCGCGCGACAAUGGCAAUGAACGAGGACCUCGGUUUCGCCGAGCUCUGCAGGCUGUGCUCGCUCAAGAGCAGCCACCAGCUGCAGAUAUUCGACAAGGAGAGCGAGCAGCGGCAGCUGCUGUUCAAAAUACGCUCCUGCGUGCCCAUCGUGAUAGCAAAAGAGGAUGGACUGCCAAAAAAUAUUUGUCAGAGAUGUAUCUACAAGUUAGAUAUGUUCUACGAAUUUCGUAUCAGCUGCUUAUCCACAGAGGCAGUAUUGAAGAAUUAUGCAGAUUCCUUGAAGAACAUUGUUGCGCUUAACAAUCAGAAUACGGACAAGGACAAGAUGUCAAACGGCGGGCAACAGCAGCAGCACGCGAGUUACGCGGAAGCGCAUACUGCGGCACACGCGGCACUGCAGCAGCACAUGGCACAGCAGGCCGCUCAGGCGAGGUCUCUGGCUGGACCUCACGCGGCCCCGCAGCCACCGAAUCCCACGUUCACCUUGCCAGACGACGGGCUCGGCUACGAUGAUGGAGUAAGAGUUCUGCGGUCUAUUGGAACAUGGUCAUCGGAUUACUCUGCUGCGAUGCGUCCCAGCAUGAUGCCAGCAUUUCCUGGAACGGACCAACAAUUUGGAAGUAGAGCACCGGCAGUAAAUCAACCAUUACGGACAACGACAGCAAACAGCGUGAAUGUUCGUCCGGGAUCUGUUUCGAAAGCGACCAACACUGGCGAGCCAACGACGAAGGCGUUUGCUUGCUCUGUGUGUGGCAAGGGGCUCGCUCGUAAAGAUAAACUUGUCAUACACAUGCGUAUACAUACUGGAGAGAAGCCAUAUUCUUGUGAGGUGUGCGGUAAAGCGUUUGCGCGUCGAGACAAAUUGGUCAUCCAUAUGAACAAACUCAGACAUAAAUCUGGCGUUUCGCCUCUGUCAGCGCCUACCACACCAAGAUCGGAUCAACAUCAACAGCAGCAACAGCAGCAGCAGCAGCAACAGCAGCAAGCGCAACAGCAACAGCCAUCUCGUCAAGAUAGCAUUCAUAAACUGAAGGAGGAGCCAGUGAGUUGGGCCUGCGAGCUGUGCGGACGAUCACUCGCUACCAGAGAGGAAUGGACAACACAUGCUCGGUCUCAUUUGGUUGAAGGAACUGUGCCGCCACAACACGCCGCUGCGUAUUUCCCAGGAUCUGUCCAACCGGCGCAAUCCUAUACCACCGAGAGGAAUUUUUGCUUAAUGUGUCGCGCAGACUUCACAGAUAAGGCCGAAUUUUUGUUCCAUAUACGUACGCACUGCGAGCACGGGCAACAGUCGGGUGGUAAACAAAGCGGCGGAGAUGCUGCGACGGCUGAGCUCAUUGCCAGAGGACUCGUUGAUCCUAAUGGAUUAUGCAGCUAGAAUUACUCUUUUCCCUGUCACUACGUACCGUCGAUUUGUGUCUUACCAUAGUACAAGUUUUCUGCUCUAUUCCGAUCAGAAACUUUCGCAUAGGGUGUCAUGCAUAUUGUGAUUGUAAUGAUAUAUAUACCAACUUAUCGAUAAUAGAUACACAGUAGCAUAUUUGAUAACGAUAAUUAAUAACGAGUAGCAAUGUUAGUACAAUACCCAUGAUAGAUUAAUUUGAUAAUUCCGUGCAACUGUGAUUAUUUUCUAAUAUAUUUUUAUUAGAGCCUUUUGCACAUGAUAGAAGAGGGUCAUUUAUGACUAAGGACAUAAUCUCGAAGAUAAACGAAUUUUAUAUAUUAGGUUUGAUCAUUCCCUUAUACAUUUUACAAAUUACUGGAAAAGUUUAUCUAAUAUUUCUUAAGAAGAUAACAGUCUUGGCAAGUUUAUUUCACAAAAGAUUAUUAAAGAAGUAGCAAUUUACGCACUUUGUAAUAAAUACAUAUCAGAACAGAGUUACGUAGAAUUAUUUUCAGGAAUACACUACUGUGUAUCUUGACACAAGAUAAGAUUACAUUAUUGAGAAGAAGAAAUUUUAAGUAUUGACAUUAUACUGACUUAUGGUAAGAAUGUGCACUAUUAUGUCAGUAUUUAAAAGCUAUUACUUAAUAGUAUACGUUCCUACAUAGCUAGCUUCCUGCUAUUUGUAGGUACUAGAAGACCUAUUCUGUAACUUUUUAACAUAUAAGUUUUAUUCACGUUAUAGAUACAGUAAUUCAGUCGCGCUUGUUUUAAUUUUUUCAAAAUUCUGCAUUUGAAUAUGUUUUGUUUAAUGAAUGUAUUUUAUUUAAUAUUUUUCUCUUUAAUUAGGCUUGAGUCUGUUUUUUCAAUUUUAUAGCGCCUCUUCCGAGGCUUAUUGUCUUGUGAGCAUUCAUUUUUGUUUUAUCGUGGAUAGGCUACUAACCUUGCCCACGAACUCUUCUCUUUUACUCGGGCUUGGGACUGGCAGUGUUGACUCCUGAGUGUUAUCACUCUUUCGUCACACAGGCGAAGUAAACAAAAAUGUAUUUUAUAUUAAAAGAAUAUAUUUUUAAUAUUUGAACAUGACUGACAAUGUAAAUAAUUAUUAAUAUUCUUUACUAAUGAAUAUAGCAAGACUGGAGUGCAAUUGGAUUGUUAUUAUGUCUGGAGACUGUAAUCAGAGACUGGUCAUCAGGCGAUUUCUUAAAAUUCUGCGAGAGAGAAUGAUAUAAGAGAAAGAGAAAGCGAUAUACAUUCAUAUU